GACAUCACUGUCAAGGCAGAAGAGGCAAGAAGAGGCAAGAAGAGGGCUUUUCCGUUGAAUUGGAGUGCUGACUUGCGAAGCGAGCGCGCGGCGAUGGAUGACCCUCCACCGGCCGAGGUGUGGACGCUGGUUGCUGCGGCCGGUGGCCGUGGCCCGGAGCUGUCUGCUGCAGCACAUCGCGCGGGACUGCGUGCCGAGGCCGUCCCUCCCGACGAGGCCGCCCUCGGCAGCAUCGAUCGAUUGCCGGGCCGGCUUGCAGUGGUCCUGGCGCAGUCACCCGAGAAGACCCUUCUGCAAGCACUCCGCAGAGGUCACGCGCAUGUCUUCACCAUCGCCGUUGACGAGGCCUUUGCGCGGUGUCCAGCUUCCCGACUCGCAGCCUUCGAUGCGGGAGCUCGCAUGGUCACAUCUUCGGUCGCAGCUGUGGAGGAAGCAUUGGCCAAGGUGUCCGUCAUCUUCAACAGCUGCGGGCCAUUUGUUUGCUCGGUCUGCGGGUUAGGGCGACUGUCCGAGAAUGCCCUUCAUCUACACAUGCACUUCCACCAUGCCGUGGAUACGAUACCCGAGGAUCCGUGCCCGAUUUGCGCAGAACGGCCACGAAACUUGGCAGUACAUCUGCAUCAGAACCAUGGCCCGCCAGCCGAAAGGGAGCCGCCACCAGCACCGUAUGCAACCUUCGCAUGGUGCGUUUGCCGUCGACUAGAUGGACGGUUCCUGCUCGUGAACGAGCCGGCCGGAAUUGCAGGCGGCCGGCCCAACUUCUGGCUGCCCGCGGGUCGUGUCGACCGCGGCGAAUCGCUUCAGGAGGCCUGCCGCCGCGAGGCCCUAGAAGAAGCUGGAGUGCCAGUCAAAGUCACAGGCCUUCUCCGUCUCAUGGUCGACAGCCACCAGACCCUGCGCGCGGUCUUUCUCGCAGAGCCCGAGGACGACGCUCAUGCCGAGCCAAAGAGUGUCCCCGACUGGGAAAGCGUUGGCGCCAUGUGGGCGGAGGUUGAAGAGGUCCAGAACCUUAAGGAGUCCGACUUCCGCCAUCCAGAUCCCCAGGAUUUGUACCCCAAAGUGGCGUCUGGCCAUCUGAAGCCGGAGCCUGUUGACACCAAAGAGUUCCUGGCCUUGGAGGCACUCAUUCGGCGGCUUACGGCCGGCGACGCGCGAGCUGAAAGGGAGCUGGCGAGCGUAUGGAGGAGCGUGCAAGCUGCGUAUCCUCCGGCUGUGUUCCAACGAGGUUGA